AUGUAUUGGCCGAAUGGAGUCCCCAGGGUCUAUGCCGUCAAUGGCCCUGACAUCGCCGAUAUUUCACACGACGAGGAUCGCCAACAACUUCCUGCAACACCGGCUCCUCGCAGCUCAAUAGCCGACAGCAAUGACGAGACAGAAGGCCCCAAACCCCCCAUCAGUGAGGGCCAGGAGCCAAUCCCCGAAUCGGUAGCCGAAAAGGAUACCCCAAAAUGGGAGAAUGAAGCUAUCAAUGGCUUAUGUGUGUCUCGGUCAGGUCAUAUGUUUGCAACCAUAACAGAGUCUUCGAUCUCGCUGUGGCAAACUAAGCCAACGGCAGUCGUUGCAGCUAUAGCGCGGUCCUCGCAUUCCCUAGAAACAUACGGAUCUAAUGCCUCAGUUCUGAUGCACCCAGACUCGACAAUCCUAGUUGUCCAAACUCUCCAUGGAUACCUGCUCACAUAUGCAGUAGCCUCGGACCUAGCGACGCAAGUCUACAGGCAACGAUUCGACCACUCGACACAUCCGCGGCGCCAACAACUAACGCACUUUUCGGCUGUUGAGGAAUCCAAUGUGGUCGGGGAUAUCAGUAUUCGGUUUCGAAUGGCCAUCAAGAUCGAGUCUGGGAUUGUCAAGGCAUUGGCCCUGGAUCAGGAGCUCAUUGUUGCCACUGUCAAACCGCCAGCCAUACAAUGUAUCCGGUGGACUCCGGAGGCAGGUGGAACACAGACUACUUCGGAGAUGUUAAGCCGCAUUCUGAGUAUUCCGAAGAGUGUGUCUAUUGCGGAUAUGGUUUAUGACCGUGCCAUGAACGUCUUAAUUUGGCUCACGAGCACUGGCCAAGCAUAUGCCGUGCAACGAGUGGCUGAGGGUCAACAGGAUUCCGAAGGACAUAAAAAAUUGUUUCAUGGACACUGCUUCCAUGACCCCAAAGAUGAUGGGGCAAAGGCGGUCAAAGUGGCAGUCAAUGCGCGUUUCUCCCUUCUGACGGUCAGCUGUGCGAAUGGCGAGAUUUUGGUAUACACAGCCAAAGACUACACGGGAAAUGUACCGCUUUCCCAGAAGCUACAGCUUCCAGCAACGCCCAAUACCACUGGUGCAUUGACUUUCAUGAGCUAUUCGCCGGACGGAUAUUGUCUUUUUGCUGGCUACGAAAAUGGUUGGACAACAUGGAGUGUGUUUGGAAAACCUGGCGGUAACAGCUUCACUGUUGAUUCUUCUCAAGCCAAGUCCAACGAAGAAGGCUGGCUAAUAGGCGUUUCCACUGGCUGCUGGAUAGGUGGUGGAUCCGAUAUCAUUCUGUCAGGACAAAAUGAUCGGCGUCUCUGGAUUCUGGAGACAGCUCGUAGUGCCUUGACGGGCUGCUUUUCUGCUGCCAACCUUGCUCGGGGCUUACUGCAGACCGGAACAGAAUUGAUACUUUACCGCGGUCAUGAUUUGCCGGAACUUAUGACUAUUUCGGGCAAAGACUCGCUAUGGCAUCAUGCUCAGUAUCCCCCGGCAUAUCUGCACUCACAGUGGCCCAUUCGGUCAACUGUCGUAUCUCAAGAUGGACGAUACGUGGCUAUUGCCGGACGAAGGGGAUUGGCACACUAUAGUGUGAAUAGCGGUCGGUGGAAGGUAUUUGAAGAUUCCAAGGUGGAGAACUCAUUUGCCGUUCGAGGAGGAAUGUGCUGGUAUGGGCAUAUUUUGAUUGCAGCUGUUGAAGGUGAUGGGUCAUCGUACGAGAUACGUCUUUACUCGCGAGAGGCCGCGCUAAACAACAACUCGAUCAUGUUCAUCGAGUAUCUUCCAGCCCCUGUUGUGUUCAUUGGUCCCUCUGGAGAAGACUCGCUCUUGGUGUACACAUACGAUAAUAUCCUGUACCAUUAUAUCAUCAACUCCUCACGUCCCCAAAUAACCCUUGUUCCUGUGGGACAGAUCGCGUUCAAUGGGAUUGUCAGAGCUCCUAGCCGAGUACGGGCAAUUAGUUGGGUCUUGCCCGAAGACCAAAUGCACAAUGGGGAUCCUUCUCAAGAUGUCAAGGUUGCAUCUGUGAUUCUCUUGGUCGACGGCAAUCUUGUUCUGUUGCAACCAACAGUGACUGAGUCUGGAGAUCUCAAAUACGAUAUGCGUGUCAUUUCUCAUGAUGUCGAAUAUUACAUUUUGAUGCGAGAUCAACUCUCCUUUAACUUUGCACCUCCCAUAGACGAGUCUCUCCCAGCCAGUCCCUCUGCCGAAAUGGCUCUUGGUUCAUCCCAUAGCAGUCUAUCUCUAAGUGACUCUCUCUGGAUGUUCCGCGGUCAGGACCUGCUCGCAUGGAAUGACGUACACGACGUGCUUCAACAAGAGACGGUGCCGGCACCGCUCAAUAUACCCCUCGACUUCUACCCCCUCUCCGUCCUGUUGAACAAGGGCAUUGUACUAGGAGUUGAAUCCGAAUUGAUGCAGCGGCGAGACGUCACAUUUACUACCCUCAAAUUCGCCAUUCGGACACACCUCUUCCUACCAUACUUUCUUCAAUACGGUCUGGUCAAUUAUGGAACACCAGCAGCACUCUCUCUAUGCCGACACUUCUCGCAUCUAUCUUACUUUGCACACGGUCUAGAAAUUCUCCUCCAUCAUGUUCUCGACGAGGAGGUAGACAACGAGAGCCGCGCCAACAAAUCUGACGAACCAACUCUCCGAGAAGGCCCCCUCCUCCCCAUUGUUAUCGCCUUCCUCCAGGCCUCUCUUCCCACCCGGGAGUAUCUCGACAUCGUGGUGCAGUGCACCCGCAAAACCGAGCUCAGAUCCUGGCGCACUCUCUUCAACUACCUGCCUCCACCAAAAGACCUUUUCGAGCAGGCCCUCAAGCUCGAUUCCCUCAAGACUGCCGUCGGGUACCUUCUUGUUCUUCAAGCAUUUGAAGACGAGGAACAGAGCCAUGAUGGCCGGAUCGAGGAAUACGUUGUCCGACUCAUCGGUCUCGCCUCGCAAAAGGGUGACUGGGAACUUUGUGCUGAACUUGCCCGGUUCCUGAUUGCCCUUGAUGCAUCGGGUGAAAUGCUACAGCGUGCUAUUGGUCGUGUGGGACUACGGUCCUGGCCCGCGCGGAAUGGCACUCAUCCCGGGUUGGGAUCGAGGUCUGCUUCCGCGGCUGGUGUCAAGGGGCUUGGUCUGAGUCUCCCAAUAAGGACCCCGUCGUGGUCCUCUCUUUCGCCAACGUCGUCACUCUCGCCGAAUCAGGGAGAUGUCUCGGAUGAAUAUUCCCAUUCUUUCGAUAGUCGGGAUGAUCUUUGA